AUGAAGAUUUCAAAAGAUGAGUUUAAUACUGCUAAAACCAUAGGAUGCAAACCUGAUAAUACAUGGAUAGAAAGAAGGGAACAUGUUCUGAAAUUAACUUUAACCACAGAAAUUAAUAAAACGAAAUCUGAGGAUAAUUUAACUUCACAUAAUACAGACCGUAAUAGAUCAGAUUCUGAUGACUAUAAUUCCCUUAAUGGAUCAAAUAAUGAAGAAUCGUCCGUAAUUGAGCUAAAUAAUACAAAUAUAAGGGAUUCAGAUAAAAGAAAUGGAUACUUUAAAUAUCCAGAGAUGUAUAAACCAUUUUAUAAUAAUGACAAAAAACAAGAAAACCAAUAUGGAGAUAGGGGUCAGAAUAAAACAAAUGAUAGGGAUGCAUAUUAUAGGUUUAAAAAUGGUAACAGAGAUAAUAAAAAACCAUAUCAAGAUAAUACUAUUUAUUACAGGAACAGAUCCAAGUCUCCAAAUGGUUACUCCAACUCUUAUAAUUACAGGUAUGAUAAUAAUUAUAAUGGAUCAAGACAAACUUCCCAGGAAAGAAGGGAAUAUAGAACUAAUGGUUAUUCAAAAUCACCGAAUAGAUACUAUUCAAAAACUUACAACCGGUAUGGUCGUUCUCCGUCGUCUAAAUUUAGAGGAGACACGGACAGAAGAUAUAGGUCUCCUUCUUGGUCAAGAUCGUCAGGACAAAUUGGAACUCGUCCAAGAUCCCAAUCUGAAAAUAACAGAUAUGUAAGAAACUCAUAUGAUAGAGAUAGGAACAACUCAUAUGAUAGAGAUAACCAGAGGCAACAAAGAGAUAGAAACGAUUCAUAUGAUAGAGAUAGCAAGAGACAGAGAGAGAACAGAGAAAGGUCAAAAUCUAGCGAUAAAUAUGACAGACCUUUUAAUAAAUAUGACAAUACUUCCUAUGGUAGGGAUAGGCAAAGACAAAAAUCUACAUAUAAUAGGGAAGAUAGAAGUAAAUCUUCGGAGAGAAAUGGGUCGAAGGAACGCGGUAGAUCAAUAGAGAGAAGACGACCUAAUUAUAAUCGCGAACGAUCAUAUGAUAAAACAGAUUCAGCAGAGAAUAGAGGUAGAAUCACAUCUAGAGAUAGAAGUUUAGAAAUUAGGCUAAGAUAUCCUAAAUUUAAACCAGGAGAUAACUGUGACGUAAACUACAACCCCAGAAGGAAUAAAUUAUGCAGAAAAUGUACUCUGAAGGGGGUGCAGACGCACCACGAAUUUGAGUGUAAGAAAUUCACGAAAUUCAAUGAUAAUCCCUGCAAAAAAUGUCAUAACGGGUUCCAUUUCGAAAAAGAGUGCUCAAACUCUAAUGCCAGUACAUAUAACACUGAUACUGAAUCCGAGGAAAAAAACGACAGUCUGGGUUAA